AGUUGAGACUAGCGUCGUUUUUGAAAGGAGGAACGUUCGUUUGGCGGCAUUUGUUGAUCUAAAGUUAUUUAACAUACCUCUACAAAAUAGUAUUUAUUUGAAAAUUAAUUAAUUGUUAUAUUUAAAAAAAAAAUACUUCAAUCAUAAAAAAACAUGCACAAAUCAGCAAAAAAGCCACCAAAUCGCCAUGAUUUGCCAAAGCUAAUGGAAAAGGUUCCAGACGAACACAAGGACUAUGUGAAAGACCUGUGUCUCAGAAUGUUGCAGCAUCCAGCAUAUGGCACAGCAUACGAAUGGUCGACGCGUGAUUUUGAAAUGGGUGCACCUCUGGGUAGAGGCAAAUUUGGACGUGUAUAUCUGGCCCGGGAGCGCCACACACAUUUCAUGGUGGCCAUGAAGGUGCUGUUCAAGGCAGAAUUACAAAAAGGUAAUGUUCAACGCCAGGUCCUGAGGGAGAUAGAAAUUCAAUCACGUCUCAAACAUCCGCAUAUCCUACGUUUGCUUACCUGGUUUCAUGAUGAUAGCCGUAUUUAUUUGGCUUUGGAGCUGGCAUCACAGGGCGAAUUAUUUAAAAUACUACGACGUUCGCCAAAUUGUCGUUUCGACGAACCCCGUGCCGCCAAAUAUACAUAUCAAGUAGCAGAUGCCUUGCACUAUUGUCAUUUGAAUAAUGUUAUACAUCGUGAUUUGAAACCGGAAAAUAUACUAUUGACCGCAGCCGAUGAUGUGAAGUUGGCUGAUUUUGGUUGGUCAGCACAUACCAUUUCAAAUAAACGUAAAACCCUUUGCGGUACAUUGGAUUAUUUACCCCCCGAAAUGGUUGAGGGCCAUACCUAUGACGAUUCCGUUGAUCAGUGGUGUUUGGGAAUUCUAUGCUAUGAAUUCUUGACCGGUGGCCCACCAUUCGAAUCAAAUGAAAACGAGGUGACCUAUGAUAAAAUUCGCCGUUUGGCCAUACAUUAUCCACCUUACUUAUCGGUCGGAGCUAAAGAUGUAAUAUCAAAUUUGUUACGUAAAACUGGUAGCUCCCGUCUAACCUUGGUAGAUGUAAUGCAACAUCCGUGGGUGAAAAAAUGCAUGGAAAAGCGGAAUAAAGAAUUGUUGGAGUUGGAAAAGCAACAUGCAUAAUUGAGCAAUCUGAUUGCUUUUCUGAUUUAAUAACAUAUUUGGUCUGUUCCAGAACUUCAAGAAUGUACAAGUUUUUACAACGAUAACUGAUUUUCCAUUUAUGAAAUCGAAAAAAAAAUUGCAAAAAUAGUACAUUCUUUCAGGUUCUGGAACAGAGCAAUAUUUUUUAUAGUUGUUUAAUUAGUUUAAUUUGAUGUUUUCUUGUUCACAUUUACUUAAUCUUUUUGUAAGCCUCCAAGUCAAUUAUCUAGUGAAACAAAUACCCGUCUCAUAACUUUAAUAAGUGUGUCUGUUUUUACAAUUGAAAAAAAAUAUAUUAUUGAUAAACUAGUA